UUCUGGCUUUAGCAGUCAAGCGGCAUUCUUCCAGCAGUCCGGAUCGCGUUACAUUGAAACGGUCGCUCUCGACCUCCGAAAUGCCAAAACGCUGUCAUUUCGUAUUCUGAUUGGCGGUACUUCAUCCAGUACGUGUGAGACAGCAGACGUUGGAGAAGAUGUGGUCGUCGAGUAUAAAUUGCAAAGCUCAAGUACGUUUACUCAAAUACGGACACUGAAUUACAACGACUAUCUCACAGCUAAGACUGUCACCAUCACUUUGCCUACAGUCGUGAAGACAUCUAGUACUGUUUUGCGUUGGCGUCAGUUGUCAAACACUGGCUCUAACUUUGACGAGUGGGCACUCGAUCAUGUUCGCAUUAUCGGCGCUACUCCAGUCUCCCCACCGGUACCGUUACCAAUUACAGGAACGGCUCUGUUUAGCGAAGACUUCUAUCCACGACCAACGUUCGGUGGUACAAAGUGGCUAUCAAUUUCCGGUGGCACUAUCGCUACUCCAGACUGUGGCAGUAUUGAUCUUGCUGGCUACAGCUCACAAGCAGCCUUCUUUGGAUUGAGCGGCACCAGAUAUAUUGAAACGCAACUUCUAGAUUUGUCAUUUGCUCAAACUCUGUCAUUUCGCGUACGUAUUGGUGGUGCAUCCGGGUGUGAAACAGCUGAUUCGGGAGAGGACGUAGUUGUUGAAUAUCGAGUCCAAUCCUCAUCAUCUUACAAUCAAAUUAUUAAACUGGAUUAUAAUAAGUAUACAGAUGCUACAACGGUUACAGUUGCCAUACCAGUUACUGCUCAAAGCAAAGCAUCCUACAUUCGUUGGAGGCAGUUGUCAAAUAGCGGUUCCAAUUUUGAUGAAUGGGCUCUCGAUCACGUUCGCAUUUAUGGAUCUGCGUACAACCGUAAUUAUCUAGUAGAAUUUAAGCUUUGCAUGGGAUGCGGUAUUCCUUACACACAGCAGCAGUCUGCUAGCUAUGAUGUCCAACUGGAAUAUUCCGUCAAUUUUGGUCAGACUUGGGCCCUUGUUGAGGCAGGCUGUCAACCCGGUUCUUCUUCUUGUACUCAGGCUUUGAUAAACAGUCAAUACUCAUCGUUUCUCUUCACAAAGUGGAGGCGUUUAUCAGUCUUGCUUCCUGCAUCUGCCAUUUCAAAUCACACAGAAAUCAGAUGGAGACAGCCAUCAACUGCUGUAGGCUUACAAUGGGCUAUUGAUGAUUUGUAUCUUGGUAUCCAAUGUCCUGGAUUGUGCAAUGGUCACGGAAGCUGUACGAAACCACGAGGACACUAUCAGGGUCUGGUGUGUGGUGGUAAUAGUGACGGUCAGCCGUGUGCCAAGUCAUUUACAUACGCCAACAACACAUAUCACGGGUGUACACGGGCUGGACGAGAAUCGAUCGACAAUCAACUGUGGUGUUCAACAACUUCCAAUUAUGACGCAGACGGAAAAUGGGGCUACUGCAUCUGCGGUGUGUGUCAGUGUGAUUCUGGAUACAGUGGGAAGUCAUGCGAGACAGUCACUCAGAAUCGGCCGAGCUUUUUCAACGAAUCGUUUGAAGAUGAUUUGUCAAGCAGCAAGUGGGGAUGGAUUGCUGGAGGCUCGACCGGCAUCACAUGUGGUACUGUAGAGUCGGGCAACUCUAUGGUGUUUAAUUUAGGGAGAUCUCGUCUCCUAGAGACGGUUGACUUGGAUCUUACCUCGGCGACUGCCCUGCAAUUUACUAUCCAAGUUGGCUCGAGCAGGACUGGCUGUGCACGUCCAACAGACAACACAGAGGACAUCUAUCUACAAUAUUCAAUAAAUGGAGGAGUGACAUGGAACUUGAUGAAAACGUUUGCUUACAACAGUGGUGCGAAUCCAUCUCAGCAAAACAUUGUUUUGAUCAAUGCAACGAAGACACCAUCGACAAGAAUCCGGUGGUACCAACCAAAAGCUAGUGGAUCCAACUUGGAUGUGUGGGCUCUAGACGACGUCUACAUUGAUUCUGCGCUUACUACUCUUCCAUUUGCAGACACGUUUGAUCCCAUCAGUCAAGAGCUGUGGAAGUUUUACCCAGGAGCUAGGGUCGAACCUUUCUGCUCUAGUAUUACUAAUACUUUGCAUUUUUCAUAUUUGUACGCUGCUACAUCUCGUUAUGCCAGCACCUCAACAUUGACACUGACGAGCUCUACUUAUAUCCAGUUUGAAAUUGUUGUCGACUGUGCUCAGACCAUUUCAUCGAGUACUGCUUAUGUAACUCUUCAGUUCUCUACUGACAGUGGUAGGAGUUGGAGAACACUAGACAACGGUUGUUCUCCACUCUCUACUGGCUGUGGCUCAUACAGGCGGCAGUCUAUUUACCGAUCUGGACUGUUUAGUAAGUGGAGAAGAGUGAGUAUGUUGCUUAAAGACACGCAACUGGCAAGCUCUUCUUCAUUAAAUGUUCAACUGAGGUGGAUGGGAUAUUCAUCAAGCACUGCAUACGAAUGGGCCAUUGACAAUGUGUAUAUGGGUGAAGGUUGUCCUGGUCUCUGUUCUGGCCACGGUCGCUGUAGUUUCAACUCAACGUGUGUGUGUGAUUUUGGCUACACGGGGUUACAAUGCAGUUUCUACAGUGUCAGCAAACCAACACAAAUCAAAGAACGCUUUGAUCAGACUGUAUUGUCAUCUCUAUCGUUUACAGGCGGUCGACUGGGUAGUGACUGUGGUGUGGUAGCAUCUAGCAGUGCAAUGACAUUCAAUCUGGCUGGUGAACGUGAGAUAGUGACAGCCGAUAUGAACGCUUCAAAUGUACGCUUAAUUCAAUUCACUUACAUCACUGGCUCGUCAUCCUCGAGUAGUGUUUGUGCUGCAAUGAGAUAUAAUAGCCAAGUUCCAAUUGUUGACUACUCGACAGACGGUGGCAUCACCUGGACAGUUCUACAAGAUUUAAGAUAUUAUUACACGUACAGAUCGGUGUCAGUCAUCAAUAUUGCUGUACCUGUUGCUGCUAGAACGACGUUCACUCGCUUUCGUAUGUGGCAAUUUGGUGUGUUUAGAGCGGGUGAAGCUGCUUGGGCGAUCGACGACCUGUUGAUCGGUGGUUACGACAGAGUGAAUGGCUCACAAUUGCUUGAGAGUUUUGAUCCUAUUGAUGAGAGCAACUGGGUGUUUUACCCAGGUGGGCAAGUUGUCACGGGCAACUGUAGUGCUGUAUCUCCUGUGUUGUACUUUGAUGGUACCGGUGGAGGUCAACAGUAUGCCACUACUAAGAUUUUCACUGUAACCAUAAGACCAGUUAUCGCGGUCAAUGCUUCAUUUGAUAACUCUCUUCCAUCCGGAUGGUCUGCAACAGGCGGACAGUUGUCUUCUCAAUGUGGCAGUGUUGACAGCGGAAACGCCAUAGUGUUUCGGAAUGCUGGCUCAAGGCAACUGACUACAACAGACAUAGACACUACCCUAGCGAACGAAGUUCAAUUCUAUUUAUUGAUUGGUGGAGAUCCACUAAAAGGACGCUAUUGUGAUAAUGCAGAACAGUUGACAGAAAGUGUAGAGUUCUACUAUUCAACUGAUUCGGGUCAAAACUGGACUCUUUGGGAAACAUAUCAGUUUAACCAAUACAAGGAUCCUCAGAAGGUAACAGAAACUCUACCUGACACAGCAAGGACGCCUGCUACACGUUUAAGAUGGGUACAGAACAGCAAUGACGGACACGACACGGAUGUGUGGAGUAUCGAUAGCAUUGUUGUCAUCCAAGAUGUCAACACAGCUCGCUAUGUCGCACAAUUCGACAUCAACGUUGGCUGUGGACAAUACACGUCAUCCAACAGUGGCAGUAUCUCAUUUGAUUUUAUUGCGCAUGACUCGACUGUUACAAAAUGGAGUAACGUAGAGCAAGAGUGUGUACCCGGAUCAUGCACUUCUAAGAUUUAUCAAAAGUCUUCAGUUUACUACAGCAGCAGUGGCAGCAGCAGCAGUAGCAGUGGGAGAAAUGACGGAUGGCAGCGUGUGACUAUUGCCUUGCCUCCUGUUGCUGUUACUCAAGCCAGUCAGUUUCGUUGGUAUCAGUCGUUGUCAUCGUCGGUACCUUGGGCAAUUGACGAAAUAUAUAUCGGUCACGAUUGUCCAUUGUUUUGCUCUGGACAUGGUCGGUGUAUGGCAGGAAGUUGUGUUUGUGAUGUUAGCUAUACGGGAUAUGACUGCAGCGUAUCAAUGAAUUUGCCUUCUGAGCUGAAAGACGACUUUACUAGUGGCAUAGUUGACCCCAACAACUGGUUAUUGUAUCAAGGUGUUACCGGAACUCAGCCUGUUCGCUGUGGUCCCGUUUCUGGACCAAGUGCUCUUCUAUUUGCUGAUUCUGGACCUCGUCAAAUCAUCUCAGUAGACAUGAACACUACGGAUACACAGUAUCUGCAAUUUCGUAUUCGUAUCGGUACCUACACAUCAUCGUCCACUACUUGUAAUGUAGUCGACAGCCAAGAUGAAGGAGUCUUAGUCCAUCAUUCAAAUGAUGGAGGAUUAACGUGGCAACUACUGAAGGAAUUGGCUUACAACGCUUACACAAGCCCUGGUUAUGUUGUUGUCGACCUCCCUACUGGUGCUCGCAGCACUGCAACUCGAUUUCGAUGGUGGCAACCGCAUAAUCAAGGAUUAAACAAAGAUGAGUGGGUACUGGGUGAUGUUUUUAUCGGUGGUAUUGCUACCAACAAAGUGAUUUUAGAAGAGAGGUUUGAUCCAAUUGAUGAUGGUAACUGGCUCUUCUAUCCCAAUGGUCAAGUACAAUCAUAUUGCUCAAACAGAGCUCCUAAUGGUACAACGACAGGCAACGCAAUAGUUUUUGGAGGCAGUGUGGGUCAACGCUUUAUCUCAACACGCGAUCUCGUGGUAUCGUCCACUACCAAAAUAAUUUUUGACUUGAACAUCGGCUGUGGUAGCGAUUUCAGCUCGGAUCAAUACAACGUACAAUUGCAAUAUUCAACAGAUCGUGGCAAGACGUGGUCUUUGCUUAGCAACAGUUGCAAUCCAGGCAGUUCUCUGUGUGGUAGUAAUUACUACACAGCAACCUCAUAUCGUGCAGGGGAGUUUAGAGACUGGAGACGUGUAUCGGUUUCUCCUCCUCCUGCAGUGGUUGGUAGUCAGACGAGAUUCCGUUGGUAUCAGUCGUCGUACUCUACCGCAUAUACUUGGGCCAUUGACAAUGUAUUCAUUGGAGCCGCUUGUCCCAGUUUCUGCAAUGGACAUGGACAGUGUCGGACCAACUCAAAUAACACGGAUUUGGUUUGUGAUUGCGAUUAUGGUUACGAAGGGUUCGAUUGCAGGCCGAUUGUCGAACCACCGACGUCAAUUUCUGAAGACUUUGAAAGUCAGAUUACCUUACAAAACAACUGGUUGUUGUUAGAGGGAGGAGACAUCGGCACUCGGUGCGGCAUCAUUGCUGCAGGAAACUCAUUUUCGUUUUAUAAGGCGGGUUCUCGCUUGGCACUAACACGAGAUCUUAAUCUGACAGCUCAAACAUAUAUGUUGUUCUAUAUUCAAAUGGGUGGAGGCGCUUGUAGUCGACCGUCUUCACAGUCUGAAAGCGUAAUCUUGCAAUACUCGAUUGAUGGCGGUGUCACUUGGACAAGUGGUCUUGUCAUUCAAUAUAACCAAUAUACGACUGCCGACUACGUGCUGUACAUACUACCUGCCGUAGCCAGGACAGUUUCCACUCGUUUCCGGUGGAUACAGUUAUCAAACUCUGGUACCAAUUCUGAUAUUUGGUCAAUCGACAAGAUUUACAUCGGUGGCAAUCUACCAUAUGCAUUCAGUUUGUAUGACAGUUUUACGCCAGACAUCGAUCUAUCCCAGUGGUCAUACAACGUGAAUGGGCACAAUGGAUCGUAUUGUAAUCGUUCUAAUACUUUAGUCUUUGACAACUCAAAGGGCUACGGAGGCUCUAGGAGUCUCAUCACUCAACCAUUAUACCUCAACGCCACGUCGUCUAGCAAAUUUGUUCAGUUCUGGUUGAAUAUCGGCUGUGGAGCAAACCAAGGCUCGGGAAGGUCGUAUUAUGUUCAGUUGAGAUAUGCACUGGGCUCCAGGCUAUUUCAAUCUGUUGUGAACCAGUGCUUGUAUGGUCAGUGUAGUACCGGUGACUAUGAUUAUGGCACGUCUUAUUCAUGGUUGCUAUUCCAAUCGUGGAGACGUGUGACCGUCCCACUGCCGACUGCUGUCCUCUCACCGAGUACUGUACUAAGUUGGUCUCAAACUAGAUUUACUUCCACGUCAUCUUGGGCUAUUGCAAACGUAUAUAUUGGUGAUGGUUGUCCUAACAUGUGCUCCGGACAUGGUAAUUGUACCGCUCUGGGAACUUGUGAUUGCGAUCCCGGCUUUGGAGGUUCCAGUUGCGUACCAGUGGUUCCGAAUUCUAUUCCAAAGCAGUUUAAGGAUGACUUUGAUAGUGGUUCGUUGUCUUCCACGUUAUGGACGGCUGUCAGUGGUGGCACAAUUGGCACACUUUGUGGCACUGUCGGAACCGGUCAGUCGCUCUACUUCAGUGGCAGUGAAUUACGAUUGGCUGAAACGGCGGACAUUAACGUUACCACAGAAGCAUUUAUUCAGUUUGAAGUUGUUAUUGGGAAGGGUGGUAGUUGUGAGACUGCAGACAGUAAUGAGGACGUCUUGCUGCAGUAUUCGACCAAUGCUGGAAUUACUUGGAAGCUAGUCACCGUUCUUAGAUAUAAUUUAUUCAGGUCAUCAACACUGUUCUUUCAGAACCUUCCCAUAGGAUCUAGAACCAACAGUACACGCUUCCGUUGGUGGCAGUCACAACAUAGCGGUUCUUGUUGUGAUCACUGGGCUAUUGAUGAUGUCUUCAUUGGAGUUUAUCCGGCAAACUUGACUGAAAUUGUAGAAAAUUUCAAUCCACUCAAUGUCGAUUAUUGGACUUACUAUCGAGGCUCUACAGUCGGUAGUAGCAUUUGCUACAAUCAUAUCUAUGCUCCGUCACUGCAGUUUUACGGACCGGGCAGCGACCGUUCACUUGUUAGUGGUAACAUCAUUGUUUCAUCUGGGGCUAUCAUUCAGUUUUCUAUGGUGAUGGGUUGCAACUCGACAUUUACAUAUAACAAAGCUAUACAACUUCAGUAUUCUUUCAACGACGGAAAUUCGUGGCGGUCUGUCAAGGACGUGUGUAGAACGAGCGGGCAGACUUGCUCACCGGUUGACUUUGAAAGCAAUUACUACUUUGAUAGCUUUAGAAAUUGGAGAAGAAUAACAGUAGCACUAAGCAGUUCAAUCACAGCUCUUAGGUCUCCUGUACAGUUUCGCUGGAUUCAACAGCUUCCUAUUUAUGCCAACGAAUACUGGGCAGUCGAUAAUAUCUACAUCGGUUCGAACUGCUCUGCUGGUUGCAAUGGCCAUGGACAGUGCACCGGCGCAGGAAACUGUAUUUGUGAUGUUGGAUAUUCGGGUCCAAACUGCUCUGUCAUUGUGGAUAUUUUACGUACAACAUUUCAACAAGAUUUCGAAUCCUCUCUUUCUCCCAAUGACUGGCUACUGGUUGUAGGAGGUCACGUGGGUCGGGAUUGUGGUGUAAUUGCAACCGGCAAUAGUUUAGUCUUCAACAGCGGGAUCCAUCGUCAAGCCAUCACUGUAGACAUGAACACACUCGCUACCAAAGGUUACCAAUUUACUCUCAGAUUAGGAGGAGGCUCAUGUAGGAGGCCUACUAGUGGUCAAGGGAUAGCAUUCCAAUAUUCUACAAAUGGUGGCAUUACUUGGACGACACUACAAACUUUCCAAUACAACAGUGCCUUAACACCAACUGUGAUCUCUGGACUCUUACCGUUGAGUGCUCAAUCGUUGUCAACCAGAUUCCGUUGGCUGCAGCCAUCAAACAGCGGUGGCCCUAAUUAUGAUGUGUGGUCUAUUGAUGAUGUGUUUAUUGGUUCUGGUGUGUUUGGUAACUUUUUCGAGACAUUUGAAGAGCGUAGAGCUUUCAUACUUGCAUCAGGCAAGUGGGUGACCUUGGGUGCCGGAUCAACUGCUGUAAAUGUGUGCUCGCGAAAGUCUCAAGUUUUGCUCCAAAACGUAACGAGCAUUGCUGCUGUUCAGACAGGACCGAUAACUAUUAAUAUGACUGGACCAUAUGAAGUACAAUUCGAUCUGCUUUUGAGAUGUCGCGGUUCGUACGGUCAGAUAAAUCCUGUCAUCGUUGAAUACAACACGAAUGCUGGAAUUGGUACAGCGUGGAGUAGUCUCAGGCCUCAGUGUUAUCCAGGAGAUAGAAGCUGCAACAACAAUCCAAAUCUCUAUGCUCGUGCGACGACAUAUUACUCGACAGAAUACAAAGAGUGGAGAAGGGUUAUCGUUCCUUUACCUGUAUUGUCUGUGGGAACGUCAAUCAGCUUGAGAUGGCGACAAGCACACACUUACCGUGACACUCCAUGGGCAAUUGAUAACUUAUACAUUGGUGGGUCUUGCCUGAACUUGUGUUCAGGUCAUGGCACUUGCCAACCUGAUGGUACCUGCUUAUGUGACAGCGGAUUUGGUGGUACUAGUUGCAGUCCAACACAAACGUUGCCAACAGAAUUGAAAGAAGAGUUUGAGGAUGAUCUGCUAAGGAGCAAGUGGAGUUCUAUGAUUGGGGGUUCCUUAGCAACGGGUUGUGGCCCUCUUGCUAAUGGGAAAACAUUGUAUUUUUCAGAGGCCGGACUUCGUGAAGUGAUCACCGUUGAUCUGGAUACUCGUCGUGCCACGUUUGUUCGUUUCUAUAUUCGUGUAGGAGGAACGUCCACGUCUAGCUCUGACUCUUGUGACCGAACUGACAGCAAUCACGAGGGCGUCGUAUUCCAGUAUUCCAAAGACGCAGGCGUGUCGUGGCGAUUCUUGUAUCUCUACGCCUACAAUUUGUAUCGUAGUAAACAACUAGUUGAACUUUCUUUGCCAACUGAUGCCCAAGAUGAUGGAGUUCGUUUCCGAUGGUGGCAACCGUAUAACAGUGGGGCAAAUCAAGACGAAUGGGCUCUAGACAACUUGUAUAUUGGAGGUGGUGGUACUUCAGCUCGUUAUUUGUAUGAAACCUUUGACCCCAUCACAAGCAGUCAGUGGUUGUUCACUCCUAGUGCAGUAGUGGAGCAAUACUGUGGCUCAUCUGACAACGCUCUCGUCUUCAAGUCAGGCACAGAUGGAGCACAACACGAUGCCAUUACUCAGACACUUCGACUCUCACGAGGCGAUGUCAUUCAGUUCGAGAUCAACGUUGGUUGUGGCAGUAUCAGCGGUCAGGCUUCACCGAUUAUUCUGAACUAUGAAAACAAUUCUGGCAAACCUGUUUCUCAGCUCACUGCAUUUUGUGGGCUUCAGGAACAGUUGGCAACAUCUUGUCAACCUGAUCUUGGCUCUGUGUAUUAUGCCGAUGGACUGUACAGCAAUUGGGGAAGAGUGAAUCUUAUCAUUCCUGACGAUGCAAUCUCCAAUCAAACGACGUUCCUGUGGCAACAGAGUUCAACUGCGACUAGUGCAACACCGACUUGGGCUAUUAAUAACGUCUACAUUGGACCUCCUUGCCCUAAUAUGUGCAGUAAUCAUGGUCGUUGUGUGUUGAACGGCACAUUGCCGUAUUGUAUAUGCGAUCCCGGAUACAGUGGCAAUGAUUGCUUCACUGCUGCCAUUCCUCGUCGUGUAACACUGAAAGAUGACUUUGAGAAGGGCUUGGACAGUAGUAAAUGGUUGUUUAUUGGUGGUGAUAUUGGGACUGGCUGCAGUACACUGUCAUCAGGUAAUUCAUUCUAUUUCAGUCAAGCAGGAAUCAGAGCGGCAAGAACAGUGGAACUUGAUUUGACAAACACACGGUUGUUACAGUUUUAUAUUCGCAUUGGCAGCAGCAGUACUAGUAUUUCGAACCGAUGUGAUUCCUCUAAUUUGCCAAACGAAGGAGUUCUUCUUAUUUACUCUCUCAACGGUGGAAUUACGUGGUCAUUCUUUAGACGUUACACGUAUAAUGGAUAUAGGACACCGAUGUUUGCUCAAUUGCUGUUGCCGAAUACUGUACGGGCACGAUCAGUCAUAUUUGUCUGGUGGCAGCCACAGAACAGUGGAGCAAAUCAGGACGAAUGGGCUAUUGAUGACGUAUACUUUGGUGGCGAAGACGUAAAUCCGAUGACAAUGUCUGAUAAUUUUGAUCCAAUCAAUGAGAACAACUGGGUGUUCUACCAUGGCGCCACAGUCGGCACCUAUUGCCGUUCCACCAGUCGUGCUCUUGUGUUUAGUGGUUCAUCGUCAGUAAGAUCAGCUACUACCAGAGAGCUUCUCUUAAAACGAUAUUCUACGUCAGUCUAUACAUGGAAUGGUGACACUGAUACGAAAUCUUCAUUUUACGAACUGAGUGGUGGAGCUUUAGGACGGCCAUGUACAUCGAGCGGUACUGCCAAUGUGAUUCUAUUCAAUGGAGGAAACGCUCAAGGAACUAUAACGAGACAAUUGGUCACCAAUGACUACAGCACGACAUCUGCCGACUACAUCUCAUUCAAUAUUGUCAUUGGUGGAACCUCCUUCCUGUGCGAACCUGCUGACAAUCCAUCAGAGAGCGUGAAACUUGAAUUCUCGACAGACAAAGGCAACAGUUGGACACAACUUAAAGACUUGGCAUACAAUGGUUACGGAUCCUACAGCACUGUCCUCAUCAAUCUACCAAAUACUGCAAAAACGAAUGCGACUCGAUUCCGCUGGAGGCAAGCAAGUUAUAGUCAACAGGGUUCUGACACGUGGGCAAUAGGCAACAUCACAAUUUCUUCAUUUGAUCCACCUCCCAACUACCAGUUGCAAUUUGAUUUGAUAUUUAGCUGUAAUGGCAGCGAUGUGUCUGUCAAUUCGUACGUUGAGUUGCAAAUGUCAAACGAGGCCACUACAACUUGGACGACGGUCAACACGUACUGUCUUCCUCCCGGUGGUAGCAGUUCAAAACUACCUACCUGUCAGUCGUCUAGAGACUUGGCCUCUCCGAGUCGUUGGUUCUGGCAUGGAAAUGACCUGUGGAGUAGAGUAACAGUGUCACUAAUGACAACAUCUGUGCAACUUACUGAACGUACGCGAUUCAGGCUCAUACAGGGUGGCGGUAGUUACUCUCCAAGCACUCAACCGUUUGCCAUUGACAACGUCGAGAUUGGCCCAAGUUGUCCGAACUUCUGUUCGGGACACGGACUAUGUGUGAGUGGACGUUGUGUUUGCGAUUUUGGCUAUUUGGGCUCGUCUUGCCGUACAGUGGCCGGUGGCUUUAGCCAUACUUUGACUGAUUUGUUUGAUAGUCCAUGGGAUCUGCGUAAACGAGCUCAAUGGGCGUCUGUCAUUGGUGGUAGUAUUGGAACACCGUGUUCGUCGUCAGUUGGCAGCUUGAUUGUAAUGAAUGGAGUGUCGGCACUUCGUCAGAUUAUGACAGUUGAUCUUGACACUCGCUUCUUAAGCACUUUCCAGUUUACUUUUGUUUUGGGUGGGGCCGGGUGUGAUGCAGCCAGGAAAGGACAGGAUGUUUAUCUGAGCUAUUCGAAAAAUGGUGGUGUCACCUGGUCACAAAUCAUGAUAUUUGGCUACUUGCAGUACAGGAAUUUGCAAACAUUUAACAUCUCUGCUACUUUGCCUGCCGAUGCCAGAGGAAACGGUGUUCGCUUCCAAUGGACACAGUACCAAAAUGAUGGGGCAAAUAGAAAUGUUUGGACAAUCGAUGACAUUAUGAUCGGCGGCAGCUGUUUGACUAACAAUUGUCAGAACAAUGGAACGUGUACUGAAGACGGCAUUGGUUCACAUUUCUGUACGUGUCCUCCUGGAUUUUCUGGCUUGCAAUGCGAGCAAAAGAUCAGCCCAUGUUUUGCGGAACCGUGUACAAACGGUGCCACUUGUGUAGACAGUGGCGAUGAUUUUGUCUGUGUCUGUCCUCUUGGCUACUCUGGACGCUUUUGUGAUAUUUCCACGAGUGCGUGUGUGUCUUUCCCAUGUCAAAACAAUGGCACGUGUGAAGAUUUGGCUUUCUACCCAAGCCAUAAGUAUCUUACAGACUCAUGCAUUGGUCGCUGCGGACAAUUCAUUCGAGGUUUGGCAUGCCAAUGUGAUGCCGGCUGCUCACGUUUCUCUCCUGGACUAGGUGGAUGUUGUCCAGACAUUUCAACAUUCUGUGGUGCUAAUGCGACCAGCUACAUCUGCAAUUGUACUGCCGGCUAUGAGGGUCUCAAUUGCGAGAGCCAGAUUGAUUACUGUGCCACGGCUCCUUGUUUGAAUGGUGCUACUUGCAUCUCUACGUUAACAGGUCCAAUCUGUCAGUGUGCUGCAGGUUUCACUGGAACCAACUGUGAUGUAAACAUUGAUGAAUGUGCUUCGAGCCCGUGUCAAAAUUUGGGGACGUGUAUGGAUGCUAUAAAUUCGUAUGCGUGCUCGUGUCCUAAAGGAUACAAUGGAGACUACUGUGAGACAAUGAUUGACUACUGCCUUGCUCAACCUUGUCAAUCUGACUCUACGUGUGUCUCUCUCUUGGGCGGGUAUUCAUGCACGUGUGCGUCUGGCUACACGGGACAAAACUGUACAGACAUCAUAAAUAACUGUGCUUCUUCACCAUGCGCUAAUGGGGGCCAGUGUGUAAAUUUUAUCGGUUUUUAUACGUGUAACUGUGGACUUCGCUUUACUGGCAAGCUAUGUGAAACAGAGAUUCUACCGUGUUCCAGCUAUCCUUGCCUCAAUAAUGCCACGUGUGUAAACAAUGCAGAUGGCAGUUUUGCCUGUCAGUGUCUUUCGGGAUUCAAAGGAAAACAGUGUGAAAUACCUCCACCGACUUGUUCAUCUAACCCGUGUUUGAAUGGCGGAACGUGUGUGUCAUUCCCAUCUGCAUUUACUUGUUAUUGUCCAGGUGGCUUCACCGGUGAACAGUGUGAGACAGAGGUGAACGAGUGUGCGUCUUCUCCUUGUCAGAAUGGCGGUACGUGUUUUGACCGUGUCGGAUAUUUUGAUUGUCAAUGUGUUCCUGGAUUUUCUGACACAUUGUGCAGCACGAAUGUAGAUGAAUGUCGUAUCAAACCUUGCUUAAAUGGUGGCACGUGUACCGAUGGUAUCAACCAGUUCUCGUGCACAUGUCCAAGUGGAUUCACAGGUGAAGUCUGCAAUGCAACUGUUAACAGUUGCUUGUCGAGUCCUUGCAUUCAUGGUGCAUGUAUGUCAUUGGGAAGCCUUGGUUUUAAGUGCAAAUGUGAUCAGGGAUAUUCUGGUGUUCAAUGUGGUACUGAUAUUGACGAAUGUAGUCAAGCACAACAGAAUGGAAGUGUAGCAUGUUACAACGGAAAAUGCAUAAAUGAAAUAGGUCGCUACAGCUGCUCGUGUCUACUUGGUUACACUGGCAUUCGUUGUGAAACAGAAAUCGACUAUUGCUCUUCUAAUCCCUGCGCCAGUGGAGCUACGUGUGUUUCGAAAGUUAAUGGUUACAGCUGUAAAUGUCCUCUGGGAGUAACAGGUCUACUGUGUGAUCAGGACAUUAAUGAAUGCCUCUCAAUCCCAUGUAUGAAUGAAGGAGUCUGUGUCAACAGAAUUGGUGGUUAUGUAUGUAACUGUAAAUCAUCAACUACAGGGGUUAAUUGUGAGACAGAGAUUUCAGCAUGUUUAAAGCAACCUUGUAGGAAUGGAGGCACAUGCACCGACACCAAAUUUGGUGGCUUUCGUUGUACCUGCCCUGGAGGUUUUAAUGGUGUUCGUUGUGAAAAUGCAGUGAAUUUCUGUAAACCGUCUCCUUGUCAAAAUGGUGGCACCUGUGUGAGUAAAGUAGGUGGCUAUACUUGUCAGUGCCUCUUGGGUUACUCGGGAUCGAAUUGCACUCAAUAUACGAGCGGAUGCAUCAGUGACCCGUGUCAUAAUGAUGGUGCUUGCCACGUCUUGUCAGGAGGCGCUUUCCGCUGUGUUUGCGUCGGUAAUUACACUGGGACAUACUGUCAGACUCCAGUCACCGUCAAUCAAUGUGCCAAGAAUCCUUGUAUGAACUUGGGAACAUGUCAGAACAGUGUGGAUGGCAAGUUUAAGUGCUUGUGUACGCCACGCUACAACGGCAAGCAGUGUGAAAACCAGAUCAGUCCGUGCACCUACUACAAUGUCACCUGUAGUGGGCGAGGUCAGUGUAAUGUCAUCGAUCUGCAGUCAUAUACCUACACCUGUCAGUGCCAGAGUGGAUACACUGGUCUCGCUUGUGAGACGAUGAUUGACUACUGCAGUGUACAACAGCCUUGCAAAAAUGGAGCAACAUGCAACACUCUUCUUGGAGGAUACAGCUGUACAUGCCCACAAUAUUACACUGGUACAACAUGUGAUAUUGCUAUCGAUCCAUGUGAUAGCCGUAAGUUUUACUGCCACAACGGAGGAACGUGUCAGGGCAGACCUGGAACAGGAUCAUUUUUCUGUCAGUGCCCUAGUACUUUGUAUGGAGAUCAGUGUGACAAAGACUACAAUGAAUGUAAGAUAACUGCUGGCAUUUGCCAGAACGGAGGACGUUGUAACAAUUAUUUUGGUGGAUAUGAGUGUAUCUGUCCUAUCUUGACAACCGGUCAGCAUUGUGAGACUAUGAUUCCACCACAGUGCUCUCCCAAUCCCUGCCACAAUGGAGGAGUAUGUGCAACGGAGUUGGAUGGGUCAUACUUCUGUUUGUGUGCUCCUGGGUUUACCGGAACGCAGUGCGACACGAACAUUGAUGAGUGCCAAUCAAAUCCUUGUCAAAACAAUGGCAAAUGCAGUGACAGAGACAAUGGCUAUUAUUGCAACUGUGACAACACUGGGUAUGAGGGAGCUACAUGUGAAACACCUAUUCCAACUCCUACUACUCCACCUAAUCCUUGCGGAGAAACGUUGUCAGAAAAUCCUUGUAAGAAUAAAGCAGUGUGUGUUCCAAAUGGAAAGACAUAUACAUGUGUUUGUAUUCCUGGCUACACUGGGCAAAAUUGUAGUGUAGAUAUUGAUGAAUGCAAAUCAUCUCCUUGUCAGAACAAUGGUGUGUGUCGAGACAAACUAAAUCAGUUUCAGUGUGAUUGUGCAAGUACAGGAUUCAGUGGACAGACGUGCUCUGUACCUAUUAUUAAUCCUUGUGGAAAAACAUCGUCAGAAAAUCCUUGUAAGAAUAAUGCAGCAUGUGUUUCAAAAGGAAAGGCAUAUACAUGUAUCUGUGUUCCUGGCUACACUGGGCAAAAUUGUAGUGUAGAUAUCGACGAAUGCCAAUCAUCUCCUUGUCAGAAUGGUGGUACGUGUCAAGACAAACUAAACCAGUUUCAGUGUGAUUGUGCGAAUACUGGAUUUAGUGGACAGACGUGCUCUGUACCUAUUAUUAAUCCUUGUGGAAAAACAUCGUCAGAAAAUCCUUGUCAGAAUAAAGCAGUGUGUGUUUCAAACGGAAAUACAUUUACAUGUAUCUGUGUUCCUGGCUACACUGGGCAACUUUGUGGUAUAGAUAUCAAUGAAUGCCAAUCGUCUCCUUGUCAGAAUGGUGGUGUGUGUCAAGACAAACUAAACCAGUUUCAAUGUGAUUGUACACGUACUGGGUUUACUGGACAGACGUGCUCUGCACCUACCCCAUCUCCAAGUGCUGAACCAACACUGGCUCCUGUGGUUUGUGAUCCAAAUCCAUGUCUGAACAAGGGAAUAUGUAACGAAGGAAGGUGCCAGUGUCCUGAUACAUUUACAGGACAAUACUGUGAUAUUCCAGUUUCACCUUGCCAGCGGAAACCAUGUGGACAAAAUGAAGUAUGCACAGCUAAUGGAGCUGACUAUACUUGCAAGUGCCGUGCUGGCUUUAAUGGCUCCCCUUGUCGUCCACUUGAGUCUUGUGAACCCAACCCAUGUCUUCACAAUGGCAAAUGUACGAUCAGGCCUCAAACUAAUCUUGUUGUAUGUAACUGUGCUGAAGGCUACAGUGGUCCUACGUGUGAAAUCCCACCUACACAGCCUCCUAUAACUCAAUGUCAACCAAAUCCAUGCCGAAAUGAUGGCAUUUGUACAACCAAUGAGCAGACUGGUGCCUUCUAUUGCAAGUGCACGCUUGGAUAUCGUGGAGAUACCUGUGAAUUGGAACCAACUAAAGAACCCCGCAGUCCCGGUGGAGUAUCUGGAGAGAAUUCUGGCAGUAACAGUAGUCUGCCCAUAUGGGUAUAUGUUGUGGCUGCCAUUGGAGGAGUUCUUCUUUUAGUCGUUAUUCUAGGAAUUGUUGUUCUCUACAGAAGACGUGUUGGGGCCUACAAAUUUGAUGGACCUGAUGCUUAUGGGGCAAGCCACUUUCCCAACCCAAUGUAUAGUGAGCAUGACUUUGGAGACGAACGAGCGAAGAGACAACCUAUUGCAUUUGACCAACCUAUCGAUGACAUGGAAGCUGAUCUAAACAACUUUGUUGUGUCUCCGUUUGAUUCUUCGGCAGGUGCAACUGGUGCUCACGCUGAACCAGAGUGAUUAAUGGAACAAAAUCUGCUGUGCUUUGAUUUGCAUAUUAGCAGCAUCUCUGCUUAGUGUUUGGAAACCCGCAGUGUGCAUAGCUUUGAGUCAAUAUUGUUACAUGUACGUCUUGUUUGCUUGAACAAUUAUGCAAGUACAUAUGUUGAGAAAACAUAGCUGAUGGUUGCACAAAACAUAAACAGUACGACUGUAUAACAAAUCA